CACAACUUCCAGUGCCGAGGUUAUCUCUGCAAUCCUUUCUGUUACAGUUCUCAAAAGUGAAAACCUAACAAGGAGAAAAAUAAGAUAUGAACAAGCUUGGAGGAACUUCUAAGCUUCUAAUCGUUUACGUGUUCAUAAUCUCUUCUCUAGUUAUAUCCACAUUUGGAGAUGAAGCACAUCAGGAAGAACACCAGUUAGAAGGACAAAAGCCAAAUGCUGCUGAAAGAGCCAUUGGAAUCAGAGAUAUUAUAAGCCCCUGGCACAAAUUCAGAUCUUUAAUUAAAAUAGCUUGGUUGAAUUUCAGGCCCCCAGAUUCACAGAAAAUUACGGAGACUCCACAUAGUGCAAGUGAGGCGAUGAAAGAUGCCGCUGCUAAGAGUUUUAAAACAACUACAGAAACUGCCAAAAAUGCCGCUAAAGUCGCCGGAGAUGCAGUUCACAAGACCGCCGAUAAGUUGAAGACGAAAGUAUCGGGCUCCGGAGGACACGAAGAUGAACUGUGACGCUGGGAUGAGUUCACCUUUUCCUCUUAUUCUUUUCAGCCAAUCUUGUGUGAUCUAUCGUGUAUGUGCUUAGACAAUAUGCAAAUGGUUAUGGUGUAUUUCUAUGGGGAAAAAACAAUCAAACUUUUUAAUUUCUCCUUUUAUUAUAUGCUGUAGUAUAUU